AUGACAAUAGGGACAUGGAAUGUCAGGACCCUCCUGGACGUGAACAAUUACAGACCAGAGAGAAGAACUGCUCUUAUCACCCAAGAACUAGCCCGUCUAGAUAUAGACAUUGCUGCCUUGAGUGUGACAAGACUCUCAGGUGAGGGACACAUUAGUGAGGUACGUUCAGGGUACACCAUCUUCUGGAAGGGAAAGGAUGCAGGAGAACCACGCAUCCAUGGUGCAGGAUUUGCCGUAAAAACGAAAAUAGUGAAAGAUCUUCGACUUACACCUGUCUCAAUUAAUGAAAGACUGAUGACUCUUAGAGUACCCAUUGGUUCAGACAGAUUCAUCACCUUCGUCUCUGCAUAUGCUCCUACUUUAGACAGUGAUGAAGACACAAAGAAUCAGUUCUACCACCAACUGAACAGUACUCUCUCUAAAAUACCCAUUCAAGAUAAAUUAAUUUUACUUGGUGAUUUCAAUGCCAGAGUGGGAAGGGACAACCGUUUUUGGAGAGAUGUCAUGGGGAAACAAGGGGUGGGCAACUGCAAUGCAAAUGGGUUGCUACUUCUUGGUCUGUGUGCUGAGCACGAGCUUUUCAUCUCCAAUACCCAAUUCCGUUUGCUUAACCGCUAUAAGACCACAUGGAUGCACCCACGCUCCAAACAUUGGCAUCUUAUAGACUACGUUAUUACGCGACAGCGUGACAAGAAAGACAUUCUCAUCACAAAAGCAGCACUAAACAUCGAUGAGUGCUGGACGGACCAUAGACUUUUAGUCAGCCGUUUGAGAGUACCAAAGUAUCGCAAGCCACGAUCCCACUUUUCAAACCCACCACGCAGAAAAUUCAACAUAAGCAACCUGAACAACAAAAAUGUUCGCUCACACUUCCAAGACAUACUGUCCGAACAACUUAACAAAGCUCCAGCAACCACAGAUGACGUCGAACAAGAAUGGACCACAUUAAAGAACAUCAUCAAAGAAACUGCUGAGAAUGUUGUUGGUUGUAGUGCACGGAAAAGAAGUGACUGGUUUGAUGACAACCACGGAGAAAUCCAAGCCAUCAUCAAUGCAAAGCGGGAUGCUUACCUAUCCCUUGCUCAAGAUCCAUCCUGCGCAGAAAAGAAAGCACACUUUCUAGAACUCAAGCAGAAAUGUCAAAGUGAAAUACGAGUAAUCAAGAACAAAUGGUGGCAACAGAAAGCCACAGAACUCCAAAAUCUUUCUGAUGCAAGGAACCUGCGUGGCUUUUAUGCUGGUAUUAAAGAGCUGUAUGGACCUAUCCGCUCAUCAUCAGGAGCACUUAAAGCUGCUGACAACUCCACCAUUCUUACUGAAACGAUCUUCAAGGAGAAAACUGCAAGAUACAAGGAAAAGACUCUAGAAUAUACAUAA